AUGAGCAUUCCCUUCGCGAAGGCCUUCGAAGUUCCAAUCAAUCGAGUGAAAAUUUUUGGUGAGUUCAAGGAAUUUAUAAAGUUAAACAAAAUUUUGUUCUAGAGAAAGAGUUGUUUGUACACAUAUCCGAUUGGCAAUUCAUCCUGUUACAAACAUCACAUCGGUUAAGCGUUUGGAAGAAAUUUGAUGGAAUUAUAAGAGACACUGCGAAGUUGAAAUUUCGAAAUGUUCUGGGAAGAAACGCACAACCACCCGCAAUUCUUCAAAAUUCAUGUGGCAAUACUUCUUCACAUUGGAAGAUCGGAGAAGCAGAGUUGACGUGUUAA